UGUAUAAAAUAACAUCAUCUAAUCUAAACUUUUUGUGUUCUGUGUACCUUCUUGUGUUCUGUACAUUUGAGACAUGGAGAGAGUGGAGGGACUUCUUUUUUAUGCCUCGGUAGAAGGAAAUGUAACCCUCUUGCAAAUAUUGCUUCAAGAAGAUCCAUUGAUUCUUGAUAGAGUUACUGUAAACCGUAGUGACAACAUGCCUGUACACGUGGCGUCAAUGCUUGGACAUUUCGACUUUGUCAACGAGAUCCUAAGUCGAAAGCCGCAGCUUGCCGGAGAGUCUGAUUCACAAAGACGCUUGCCCCUUCAUAUAGCAUCUGCAAAGGGGCACGUGGAAAUAGUUAAGGCGUUGUUAUCGGCUUACCCUGAGACGUGCCUUGCACGUGAUAGUGAUGGGAGAAACCCUCUCCAUCUUGCAGCCAUUAAAGGACGUUAUGAAGUUGUGAAAGAGCUGCUGCAAGCUCAACCACAUGCAGCUAGGGCCAUGGUGGAGCAGGAGACCAUCUUGCACUUGUGUGUGAAGCAUAACCAGCUGGAGGUUUUGAAGUUGUUGGUGGAGAGUUUGGGUGAUCAUGAGUUUGUAAACUCUAAGGAUGGUGAUGGCAAUAAUAUACUACACCUAGCUGUGGCCGACAAACAAAUUGAGACCAUAAACUUCUUGCUACUUAAUACAACAAUAGAAGUGAAUGCAUCAAACACAAAUAGGGAAACAUCUAUGGAUAUAUUGGCUCAAGGUCCAAAAGAUGUGAAAGAUAGACAAAUCAUACGAUCCCUAACACGAGCAGAUGCUGUUGAGCCAGAAACAGAAGGUUUGAUAGAAAAAAUUCCUCAAAAAUGGAUAAGCAAAAUGAGUUCAGAUAAUAAGAACCUGUUCCCGCCUAUUAGCCAAAAGAAUAGAGAAGACUGGUUGUACAAGAAGCGAGACACUUUGAUGGUUGUGGCAUCAUUCAUAGCAACCAUGGCCUUUCAAGUAGGUACUAAUCCUCCGAGUGGUGUUUGGCAUCAUCCAGUUUUACACCAUAUCUUUCUGAUUAGCAACACGGUGGGUUUUCUUUCGACUCUUAGCAUCAUCUUGUUGCUUAUUAGUGGAUUGCAUUUCUCGAAGCAUCGUGGACAUGUUUCCACAGGGAUUAUGAUAGUUAUCAUGUGGAUUGCUACCACGUCGAUGUCAAUCACUUAUUAUGUUUCCAUAACGGUUACAACACCACUACAUCAGGCUAAGACAAUUAGACCUCUGUCAGUUAUCAUUGUGUUUGUGUGGAUAGGGUUGAUGACUCUUGUGGUUGGGCGAUACAUGCUUCUGCUGAUGGCAAUAACAAAGAAGAUCAUAAAGCUUAGCUACCGACGGUCCCCCGAAACUACUAAAAACCUCAACCGGUCCCGGUUUUCGGUCCCAUAACCGGUCCCGGUCCCGGUCCCGGGCCGGUCCUUUGUCGGUCCCGGUCCCGGUCCUCCGUUAAGUCUAAUCGUCAUAAACGAUGUUCAAAUUUAUGUAUCUUGUAAAAUAUUUAGCCGUUCAAGUCUUAAAUUUGUGUGUAUUUCCUCACAAGAGGAAAAAAACCUUUGUUAUUGAUGGUUAUUUCAGCAUGCAGUGAUUAAAUAAGAAGAACU